AUAUAUUAUCUUGGGCCGUAUUGUUUUCUCCUUCAAUUCCCACAUUCCCAAGCUUCACACUAGGAUAGAGAGAGAUAUAACAUUGAUAGCUAAGAUGGCUUCUCUAACCAUAGCUUUUGCUCCUGCAGCUGGGCGGGUGUUUGCAGCAACCGCAGAAAAGAGCUCUGGUGGAAGCGGGGAGAAGAGUAUUCUUGACUGGAUCCUUGGAGGGUUACAGAAGGAGGAUCAGAUGCUUGAGACAGACCCAAUUCUGAAGAAGGUUGAGGAGAAAAAUGGUGGCAGCAACGGCGGCCGGAAGAAUUCUGUGGUGGUUCCACCAAAGAAGAAGGGUGGCUUUGGAGGCCUUUUUGCCAAGAAAUGACUGAUGCCCAUCAAUGUAAUGAUGCUCAGAAUUGGUCUGUUCUAUGUUGUUUGGAAUCUUUGAUCAUAAUGAUUUCUCAAUUCUUAAGCCGUGUUACCUUAUUUCAUCAUUUCUUCCAUAACCAUGGACUCUCAAUUCAUUUCUGAUAUCAUAUCAUCAGGUUAUCUGAACUCAGUUA